AUGGCAGCUCCAUCUGGUAGAAGAAGAGCUCCUUACAAGGACUUUCUACAGCCCGCUCUACACAGGAGAUUCGCCUCGACAGCGACCAUCCUUCUUGCCGUUUCCUAUGUUAUAUCUAUUCUCCUUUCCGACUACUCUUAUUUCUGGUCAUGGUUCCCCAUCGGACCGUCGGGGAUUCGAGCCCUUUCUAUCUUCGGCAGCGGCCUCGUCAUCCUUAUUCUCCGAAUCGCGCAAUAUCAUGUUGACGUCCGUACCUCAAAUUCCGCAUUUGCCACUUUUACACAGGACCUAGCACGAGCCGAAACAUACGAAGCUUUCGGUUCUUACUUUAUUUCCAGCCUCUUCUUCUCUAUCAUAUUCCUUCACGCCUACUCGGAUGACUCGGCGAUGCAUUGGAUCGUCUACCGAAAUGGGGAUAGGCCGAGAUUGAAUGAGAGGCCUCUUUUCUUGGCGUUCUACUUUAUCUCGUGCGGCAUAGUCCAAGCCGCCGUUCAUAUCUGCAAGGACCAGGACAAGUUGACUCUUGGAGGCUCGAAUGAGAAUGGGAAGAAGGAGGAGAAAGGCGCAAGCACUUUCAGCCGGGCGAUUCGAAAGUCACCGGAUAUUAUGUCCGAGGCCGCUUCUAGGGCAGUGAUUGCCCUGAUUACCCAUCUACUAUUCUAUUUUGUUGUUUUGCGCUCGUUCGCAUGGCCCUGGGCCUUGUUCUUCUUCCGACUGUUCUACAACUUGCCCAAGACGAAUAUGCUGCCUCCGUCGACUCCUGCAACUUUCCACACCCUCAAAAUUAGUAUUUUCGGCGGAUUCUUUCUUUUUGUCCUCUGGCAAGCGGGUAAUGCAGCGUUCUCAGCCUUUAUGGCUAAGGAACCUCUCAAGAAUGGCAAGCCAUUGACCGCGGAAUCUAAGGACCCCAAUGGCAGCUUGCUCAACGGCUUGAAAAGCAAGAAGACCCCGGUCAGGGCUUAUGCCAUGUGGGAGCUUUCUUAUAUCGCCAGAGAUUUCCCGAAUCGCCGCAAGGCUAUCUUUGAAGACAUUGACCGGAAGGACGGCCCAAUGUGGUCGCAAGUCUACUCCAUCUGCCUCGAACUCGUAAAGUCGAUUGCAACGAGGGUGGAUGAGCACGGAAAGCAGCCGGCCGCUCCUCAGCCCGAGACGAAGCCGAACGAACCGAAAGCGCGAACCACCGCACCGCCCAGGGAUGAGGCCAUCUUCAAGCAUCAACCGUCUACGAAAUCGAUGCGAGGGGAGGUGGAAAACGCCAUCGAUCACAUCGCAAGAUCUCCCGGGAAGACGCCCAUGUCCCAGCUGAGCCCGGUCGCCAAGAAGACCUGGAAGAAGGCUAAGGACUCGGUGCUCACCCAGGACCAGCAGGAAGCAUUACGGCCCGACCAUGUGGUGGGGCAAUUUAGACAGGUCAUCUUGAGGAUUCUCCAAAACGACAAGAUUGGCCCUAUUUUCCGACAUGAGUACAGACGCGGCUUGGCGGCUGCCGUUCUAGGUACGCCGUCUGCCGAGCUUGCUCUCUACGUCAACGCCGUCGAGGUACUAGGCCUGCUGGCGGUAAAUAGUCUAGGGGAGGAUAAGUUUGGAAACGUCCACCGAGACGUGCCGACUAUUAUUCGGACGUUUACAAGCACCAUUAGGAAGCUUGAUGCCUUCACGGCUAGCUUUCCGGUGCACUGGACCGAUGUCGAGGCAAAGAAAGAGUGUCCAGAGGUGGAUGCCUUACUAGAUGCGCUAAGAUCGGCGCUUGGCAAGCUCAUCACUUCUUUUGAGCCCUUUAGAAAUGAUCUACGAUUAACCUUAACUGAUCUACGCCUUGCGAAAGAGGCGGCAGGUGUGACGGAGAGCGCGGAUGAUGCGAGGGAACCCGAUAUGGCUGAGAUUAGGCGGCGAUGA